GAGAGCUCGUCGCAGAGUACGACGGGAACUAGGGAAUCAUGGCCGCUGUGUCGGUGGAGUUGCAGCAGGAGCGGCGUCUGGUGUGUGUGGAGUACCCAGGCGUGGUGCGGGAUGUGUCCAAGAUGCUGCAGACCCUGGGUGGAGAGGAAGGAGUUUCCCGGAUCUAUGCAGACUCAGCCAAAAGGUUGGAGCUAUACUUCCGUCCCAAGGAUCCAUACUGCCAUCCUGUGUGUGCCAACCGUUUCCCUACCAGCAGUUUGCUGCUUAAGAUCAAGAAGAAGACAAGACGGAGGAGAACAGAGGGUGGAGAAGUGACUGUUGCAGAAGUCAAGUUUGACAUGGAAAUUUUGGGCAUCAUUACAACUGUUUACAAAUUUCAAGGGAUGUCAGAUUUUCAGUAUCUGGCAGUACACACAGAAGCAGGCUGCAAAAACACUUCUAUGUAUGACAAAGUUCUUAUGCUCAAACCAGAGAAGGAAGAAUUCUUCAACCAGGAAUUACCUCUCUACAUCCCCCCACCAAUUUUCUCUCGCCUAGACACCCCAGUGGACUAUUUCUACCGGCCAGAAACACAGCAUCGGGAAGGCUACAAUAAUCCACCUGUCUCUGGUGAGAACCUAAUUGGCCUGAGCAGAGCUCGGCGGCCUCACAAUGCCAUUUUUGUGAAUUUUGAAGAUGAUGAAGUGCCCAUGAAGCCACUGGAGGCUGCUGUACAGACCUGGAAGAGGCUGUGCACUAAUCCCAUAGACAGGAAGAUGGAAGAGGAACUGAGAAAGCUGUUUGACAUUCGUCCUAUCUGGUCCCGGAAUGCUGUCAAGGCCAACAUCAGUGUCCACCCAGAUAAACUCAAGGUCUUGCUUCCCUACGUGGCCUAUUAUAUGAUAACAGGUCCCUGGAGGAGUUUGUGGAUUCGCUAUGGAUAUGACCCCAGAAAAAACCCAGAAGCCAAGAUUUAUCAAGUCCUGGAUUUCCGAAUUCGCUGUGGAAUGAAAUAUGGCUAUGCCCCCAAUGACAUGCCUGUCAAAGCAAAACGCAGCACCUACAACUACAGCCUCCCCAUCACAGUCAAGAAGACUCCCAGCCAGUUGGUCACCAUGCAUGACCUGAAGCAUGGACUAGGCACAUCAGGGACAGGGGCUGUCAAGAAAUCAGCCUCCAACAAGUACAAGCUCAAGGACUCUGUCUAUGUCUUCCGGGAGGGGGCCCUGCCACCGUAUCGGCAGAUGUUCUAUCAGCUCUGUGAUUUAAAUGUGGAAGGGUUACAGAAGAUCAUCCAUCGUAAUGAUGGGAUGGAGACCGAGUGUACAGAGCGUGAUGGAUGGUGUCUUCAGAAGACCAGUGAUGACCUGAGGGACACAAUGUCCUUGAUGAUCCGGCAGAUCAUUCGCUCCAAGAGGCCUGGUGAGAAGCUCCUGGGCUCUCAGACCAUUAUUCCAAGUCCAGCCUGAGGAACAAGCAAAGCAAUCCUUCUACAUGUCAGUCCCUUCAAGUACCUGAAGACAGGGCAGCUAGGUGACGCAGUGGAUAGAGCACCAGCCGUGGAUUCAGGAGGACCUGAGUUCAAAUCCAGCCUCAGACACAUAACACUCACUAGCUGUGUGACUCUGGGCAAGUCACUCAACCCCACAAAAAAUACCUGAAGCCAUUGUAUCCUCCUAAUUCUUCUCCCUAGUUCCUUCAGUCAGUCCUCAGUUUUUUCCCCUUCUUGGUUGUCCUCUGGACAGUUUCUCCAUGACUUCCAUAAAUGUGGAUCCCCAAAUGGAACAGGUGUGUCCUUACCAGGACAGCCCUUUCUCCUUCCAGUUACUAGUCAGAUAUUCAAAUGGAUCUGAGAGCUUUUUGAUGUUGGUCAACAAACAUUUAUUAGAUGCCCAAGCACUUAAUGAUGCUAGAUCCUUGUGCACUAUUGAUACUGCCUCUACUGUGGCAGAUUACAACCCAUCUAUGCCCACCGAUCCUGUGUAACUCCUGUCUAUAUCCUUCCCUAAGAUGGACCCCCAGUGAGCUGGGGCCCUUCCUCACUUUCUCCUGACCUGAGGAUUCCAGGGGAGCCCACAUGUCCACUGGUUAUUGUUCUUCCCAUAUGGCCACCCUCUCUUUUUGGAUCAUACGUUUCUUUGUUGUCAUCCUUUACUCUGGUUCUUCAUAGUUCCUUAUUUGCUAUGGAUUGUGGUCUAUUCAUAUCCACUGUGUUUCUUCAUUGCUCUCCGAUACUAAUUUUUAAUUCUCCAGAGACUAUAAUGUUCUGUGAUGUUUUUGCUUUUCUUUGCAUCCCUCAAUCUUAACACAGUGCCUGUCAUAUAGUAGGUACUUAAUAAAUGCUGUUGAUUUUUCUGACUGACUUAUAGCCAUGCAACAACACUGGCAGAAUAUUACUAUUA